CUGAAGUGCACAAUGGAGUCGGCUUUGCUCCUCCGCGUUUUCCCUCCUCCUUAGCUCCUCCGAUGGGAAUGGCAUCCUUGUUCAAUCUCGCAGCCUGUUGCGCAUGUAGAGCCUCUCCUUUGUGUUCUUCCGUCCCCUACAGAGCAUCUUAUCAUUCUCUUACCAUGAGAGUGGUGCCUCCAUUUCCUUCGUGCAUCGCGGCAUCCAUACGAAGUUCUGUCGACGUCGCUUUUUCUUCCAGGUCUGUCACUGGCAAUUUCUCCUGGGAAGAUGUUUUCUCUAUACCUCAGUCUGACUCUACCAGUGAAGAUUCCUGUUCUUAUCUCGAAGGAUACUUUGAGAAAGUCAAGUUAUGCAAUCGUGGUUCUGAAAAGCAAUAUGAGUUUGUCCCUUUUGUCAUUGAGGACCAAAUUGUUGGAUUCAUUCACAGUGGAUUUGCUGAUCGAUUGAGGGCCUCCAAGGAUGUCUUUAUUUUCCCUAAAGAUAAGUUGUAUGGUUCCCCCUUUGAUGAGUAUGUUUCAUUAAAUCCUAUUCUGAAGACGCCUGAGCGGAGGACCAGUGCGGUUGGAAAUGUAAUUAAGUGUUUGGGAGAAGAAUGGAUUCCAGGUAUACGGAAUGAGUUAUACCCUGUAACAUCAUCAUUUGGUGCACCCGCUUUCUUUUCUUUAGAACGUGCUGCAGCUCCUUAUUUUGGAAUAAAGGCUUAUGGAGUGCAUAUGAAUGGCUAUGUUGAGCAGCAUGGACAGAAACAUCUGUGGAUAGGCAAGAGAAGUCGAGUCAAACCCACUUAUCCUGGGAUGCUAGAUCACUUAGCUGCUGGAGGACUGCCUCAUGGGAUUGAUUGCCAAGAGAAUCUUGCAAAGGAGUGUGAAGAGGAAGCAGGAAUACCCAGAUCCAUCUCUAACGGAGCCAUACCAGUUGGAGCUGUUUCCUAUAUGGACAUAGAUGGAUACAGAUAUAAGAGAGAUGUUCUGUUCUGUUAUGAUUUGAAGCUUCCUGAAAGUUUUGAGCCAAAAAAUGAAGAUGGAGAAGUGGAUAGCUUUAAGCUGAUACCUAUAACGCAAAUUGCAGAAGUCAUACGCAAGACACAGUUCUUCAAGCCAAAUUGCUCUCUCGUAAUCAUUGACUUCUUGUUUCGACAUGGGUACAUCAAUCCCGAACGUCUUGGAUAUCUUGAUCUCCUAAGAAGCCUAAGAGCUGGAGAUUGUUCAUAACAAUGAACCAAGACUGCUUAUUCCCCAUAUUGUUCCUUUUGUAUCAAGCAUUUCUAUGUUCAGUUCGUCAGAGCUGUAGAUAUUUGUGUGGAACGACCUCAAAAAGGUUGGUGACAGACUUACAAGAAAGGAGACCAUGAAAGAAAGUUUCUAUAAUUUAUUUAAAUGAUAUUAUACACAAAAACUUAUGUCGUUUCGUACAAUUUUAUCGCUAUCUUCCUCUUUCAUGUCACUCUUCCAUUCCUGGCAAGUGGCAAGCCCGCUUUCUUUCACACACGACACCCUCGCACACUUGCUUUUAUUUUUCUCUCACUUGCAUGCAAGCACUUCACUCUGCACACACUUCCGUGUUUCUCUCUCUCUCUCUUUCUCUCUCGGCACGCUCUACAACAUCCUGAGCCACCCAUUUAUACUUGCAUAUGUCGAUCAUGUAAUUUCCUCAAAUCUUCACGGCCUUUCUUCUUUCACCGCCUAGGAGUAAUUGCAAUAUUGUUUUUGGUUUCUGGCAAGGAAAAGUCAAGUCACAUCUAGAAUCUUGGAAAACAAGGCGUUGAUGGUUAGAGUCAUGUCCCUUGUGUUGUUGUUUAUAUAUCUUAAGCGUCUUUUUGGUUCGAACGGGAAAUAGUUUUUCCGAGUCAACAAGCUAAGAUCUAGUUGUAUUAGAUGACGAUUGUAGUGAGCCACUAUUUCAAUCUUGCCAAUGUGUGUGGUUGAUAGCUUAGCAUUAUUAGCAAUAAUCAUCAUUCUCUUUUCUUUAUA